UCAACAAGUGUCGCUAAGGUCUUUACAAAAGAAACAUGUCAAAUGAAUGGCAACCAACAAAAAACUCUUCCCUGCUCUCACUCCUCCUCCCCCUUCAUCCUGCCUCCUUGUUCAGCGCAACAGGUUGUGAACUAACUAACAGACUAUUCUGAGUUGCGAGGAGCAGAGUUAAGUCUGCCUUUGUUCAAAAUGAUAUUUCGGACAGCACUGGAGCAUGCAAGGAAGCACCCCGGUCUAAUCCCUCAGUUUUUCUUCAUCUGUCUGGGGAUGGGCGGCGCUGGUCUAUACCUAGUCCGACUGGCGAAAGGACCUCAUGUCACCUGGGAUAAGACCAAUAAUCCUGAGCCUUGGAAUAAACUUGACCCAACGUAUCAGUACAAGGAGAGAUGCAGCAGUCCCACUGUACUGUGCUCGUUUGUGGAUACACUGCAAGUCAAUGCAGACCGAAAACCUGACACACACACACUUGGAAGUGAAGUCUGAAAAACAUAUACUCUAGCGAAUGUAAUCUUAUUGUUUUACUGUGUGUGGUCAUUUAAUCUUUGAUCUGCAAGGUAGAUUGAUUGAACACUCCAAAUUGUCUGUAAGUGUAAUUGUGUGGAUGAAAUGUUUGCCUAUAUGUGCUCUGCGAUAGGCUGUCAAGCAGUUCCAUGUACCCCGCAUACUUCAUAUAGUCUGCUCGGACAGGCUGUGGCAUUCUUGAGACCCUCAUAAGGAUAAAUAAUAUGAUAGAUGAAUGAAUUAAUGAACAGUGUUGUCAAAGAUUACUUGACAAAAAAAAUUUAAUUGCUGAUUAGGCCUAAAAAAAGUAAUGUAGUUGCUUUAAUGAUUACUUUAUUAUCAAAGUAACUCGGUUACUUUAAAAGUGAUUUAUCAGUUACUUUUCACCCAUUUUCCUCCCUUUGCUGGCUCAACAUAAAAAUGACAACAGAAACAUUUCAUCGCAUAUAAUUAACUUUCCGAUAAUUGAAUUUUAAGGGCACGAUCAGAAUUUUUACAAGAGCCUUAAUCUUCGAGUUAGCAGGGGUUUAAUUAGGCGAUGGAGUUGAUUUCAACCAUAAUUGACUCGCGGAAGUUUAGCCACUCCAGAGCCUGAAACUAUCAAAUAACUGACUAACUGCACGGAAUUUGUUGAAAUCAACUCCACUGGCAAAUUAAACCCCCGCUAGCUCGAAGAUUAAGCCUAAUGUCAAAAGUUUUGAACUUUGGGUUAGGGUUUACAGGUUAGGGUUAAGAGAAUAUCAGUGCCAAUGUAAAACAAUGCAAAUUGACUGCACAAUAAUUAACAACACACAAAUGAAUUGCACAGUGCAAUAAACACAAAGAUGGGGGCGGGUGCUCGCGCACAACCUGGAAGUACGCCAUACACACAUGCGGUCAAUAUGGCCACAAAACGUGGCGGCAACUAAGUACUUUACACUCAAUCGUGUCACAUUCUGGUGCUGGUUGGAUUUUGUUUUGUUACAGAGCCGGUCGUGGGGCAUUCCCGACAUUGCACCUGCAGCUAAUUCCAGCUAAUCAACAUUAGUAUAUAAACACCGGUAAUUCAAGGCAACGGUGCCGAGACAUUAGCUUGCUGGUCACCAUUUGACGCAUACUACUUCCGAGUCGCUUUGUAUUUGCCAUUUUGUUCGUCAGCCGCCUUUGUUUUAUUAUCCUCUACCAUGUGCAGGUAUUGAAUGUAUGUUUGUUGUCUUUUUAGGCUCUCUGCCCACCACUUAGUUUCGCAUUAUUGAUCCCCGUCAUAGACACCUUUUGUUGUUCCCUCUUUUCCACAAUCGCGUGUCUUGUUUUUUUUUUUGUGUUUAAUAAAUUCUUCAACGCUUCCCCUCGACUGUCUGUUCUUGGGUCCUAUCUUGUUUUCCGCAUUCGUGGUUCGUAACAAAUCGGACUUACAACACAUCCCAAAGAUGCUGAUCAAACACGUCACCUCACGGCAUAAAUAUGUAACACGAAAAUGAUGUAAACCAUGCUCGCCGACUUGUCGAGGAUGAGCGGGAGCUAUGACUGUUGCAACGGCAAAGCUACGAAACGGCCAUGCAUGUAGUGGCUCCAACCUAUCGCUGGAACCCUCCAGAAUGUAGGAAAAAUACUCACUUACAUUUAUGGAUGCACACAGAUGUACGUAACAUCGCAUAUCUCAACAGGUGGCUGUACUCGGCUUGAAUGUACACCAGCGAUCCUCACCCCUUUCUCAGUCCCAAAACACUAACACGUGUGACUCGAGACCAAAAUAGGAAGUAACUAUGAGCGGUUACCAUGGAAACAAACGCGUAGUCGGCAGAGGUGAAAGUGGUUAGAAUUUCUUGCCGGAGCAAGAAAUGUUAUUUAUUUAUUUAUUAAUUAAUUAAUUUAUUUAUUUAUUUAUUUAUUUAGGGGGUGUAAAAACUUCUGAAAUGCAAAGAAAACUGUUUUGGUCAGUUAUUUCUAUAACACAUACAAAACCUGAUUUUCAUUCAAAAUUGUAUUUUUUCAACGAUUUGCUAAAUAAAAGUUAUCAAAAACAGCUAUACCCCCCAACCUCCAUCUCCUAAUUUUUAUUUUCCCUCAUUUCCUCACAUACUAAAUGCCAAAUCUCAAUUUUAACUAUUUAGGAACAUGGGAUGUAUAUUAAAAUUGAAGAUAAUGUAAGCAUUUACUUUUUGUUGUGUUUUUAAAUAAUAAAGAUAUAACUAACAUAUUAAGUAGCCUAACAUAAAUAAACAAAUAUAAGUCCAAAGUGCACAUUGACAGCUAAGAUGUAGUAUGUGAACCUCCCCAUCAGAGCAAAUAAAACUAAAUAUGAUAAAUAAGCCU